GAAAAGGAAAGCUAGGUUAGUAGUUGCAUAUAGCACAUGAAAUCCACGUGCAUUUUAAAUGACUGUUGUACUCUAUAGAGAAAAUAUACUGUAAUAUUAAUGGUUAAAGACUGAAUUGUAAAUUAAAUGUAAAUUAUGUCGGGUAAAAAAAGAUCUUUCCAUGGUGGAAAAGGAUCAUAUGAUAAACGAUAUGAGAAACAACGAAAACGUAAGAAAACGAAGUUUAAUUAUCGAGAAGCAUCAUAUGUUAAGGAACGAGAAUUGAAAAAUGAACAAAUUGAAAAUCGUCGAAGGUUAUUAGAAGAAGAAGCUGCACAACAAAUUCAUCAUGAAGUUACUGAUAAUUCUGAGGAUGAAGUAGAUUAUGUUAAUAAAUUAGUAGAAAAAUUACCAAAUAGGAAAAUAUUAAGAAAUGUGAAUAGUAAAUCUGAUUCCGAAAGUGAACUAUCUGAAUUAAGUUCCACCAGUAAUGAUGAAAGUUACCAGAGUCAUGAUGAAAGUUUUCAGAAUAAUGAAAAUAAAAAUUCAUCAACAGACGAAGAGGACAAGGAGAAAAUGACUAAUCAAAAAGAUGAAGAUGAAAAUUUGGAAGAUGCAGAGGAAGAUAUUGAGACGGUUAAAGAGGAUGUUGACUGUUUGAAAGAUCCUUAUUCUGUACAUUUAAAUUAUGAUUUGGAUACAAAUCUUUUGAAAGUUCUUUCAUGCGAGCUGCAAAUUACAGAGGUAACGAAGUUCAAAUGGCCAAAACUUGGAAAUAUUAUCUGUGAAAUACCAAACUCAAAAAAUGCAAAUAACUCUGAUAAUAUUUCUACAAUUUCUGUUUUGGAAACAAAACAAUAUGCGCAAAGCGGUAAAGUUCCUAUUUUAAUCGAUACGGUAGAUUGGAAUGAUUUAUUCAUAAAACCACAAAUUCAGCCUAAUCUUGAAAAGGCUAACUCUACUAAUUUAAGUUCUAUAGAAUCAGUGACAAGUCCAUUAACUCCACUCCAAAAAGAAUUGUUUUCAAUAAUAAACAAUUAUCAAGACUUAUAUUAUCCGGAAAGAACAUUUUCUAAUGCUGAAGAAAUUAGAUUUGUAUAUUGUUUGCAUACAAUUAAUCAUCUAUUAAAAACUAGAACUAAAAUAUUGCAUCAUAAUGCUAAAUUAGCUAAAUUGAAAGAUUUAGCAACUGCGAAUAUUCCUGAUGAAUAUAGAGAUCAAGGAUUUUUUCGACCAAAAGUCCUCAUAAUUUUGCCUUUUAAACAUUCGUGUUUACAAAUUGUCAAAUUAUUAAUUGCAAUAUUAAUUGGAGAAGAUACAGGUGGUUCAGUGAUGAACAAAAAUAGAUUUAUGAAAGAUUUUACUGGCAAUGAAUUGGCCUUGCCCAAGAAAAAUCCAAAACCGGAGGAUUAUGCUAAAAUAUUUGAAGGAAAUAUAAGUGAUGAUUUUAAAAUAGGAAUAUCGAUCACGAAGAAAACUUUAAAACUUUACACAGAAUUUUAUUCAUCGGAUAUAAUUAUUUGUUCCAUGUUGGGUCUGAGAAUGCUGAUUGGUGUGGAAGGAGAAGCAGAAAGAGAUUAUGAUUUUCUAGCAUCUAUAGAAUUGUUGAUCGUGGAUCAAACAGAGUUAUUUCUAAUGCAAAAUUGGGAUCAUAUGUUGCAUAUUUUAAAUCAUCUCCACUUACAACCAAAAAAAAGUUCUGGGAUUGAUUUUUCGCGUGUAAGAAGUUGGAGCAUCAAUGGUUGGUCCAAAUAUUAUAGACAAACGUUAAUAUUUUCUAAUGUUCUACUUCCACAGAUUGUGAAUAUCUUUAACAAAAAUUGUUGUAAUUAUGCGGGAAAAGUUAAGGUGCAGAAUGCUAUACAUUCUGGUUCUGUUAAUCAAGUAGUGCUUCGAGUAACUCAAACGUUCCAGAAAUUUUAUUCGUUAAGUUAUCCUCAAUCAUUAGUUGAUAGAUUAGAAGUUUUCAAAAAGGAAAUAUUACCGCGAUUCAAGGACGGAAUAAUGAAUCAUACAUUGAUUUACGUAGUCGAUUAUUAUGAUUUUGUGAAGCUUAGAAAUUAUCUCAAGAAAGAAGAGAUCAAUUUUGUACAAAUUAGUGAUUAUUCCCGUGAUGCUAAAGUGGCACGAGCUAGGGAUAUGUUCUUCCAUAGUGAUGCACAUUUUUUAUUAUAUUCAGAGCGUUUUCACUUUUAUAAUCGAAUACGUAUAAAAGGUAUACGACAUAUUAUAUUUUAUUCAUUACCGACGAUUCCACAUUUUUAUAAUGAAAUUUGCAAUUUUAUGCAAGAAAGUUAUCAAAAUCCUAAAGCAGGUUCUAAAAAUAACAUGAGUGUAACUAGUAUAUACACUAAAUACGAUUCUUAUGUACUGUCUGCUAUAGUCGGUACAGAAAGAGCAAACCAAAUGAUUAAGUCAGAAAAAACAGUACAUACAAUUAUUACAACUGCAUAAUUUUUAUCAUUGGUCAAUUCGAUUUAAAUAUAUAUUACUGUUUAUUAGAAAAAAAUAAACAUAUUUUUCUACUUCUGUUGCAUGCUAAUAUUUGCGCUUAAAUUUAUAGAAUUUAAAUUUAUUGAAAAUUUCUCUACAAUAUAUAGUAACGAUUUACAUGUAAUCAUUUAAUUUUUAAAUUUUUAUAAUACAUACGACACAAAUCUGUCAUUUUAUUCAAUCAAACAGGUACUCGAAAUAAUUGUCAAUAGUUUGGAUCCUACAGACGAAUAAAGUCGAUUGACUCGUACCUAAAUAAUAAUAAUAAUAAUAAUAAUAAUAA